AUGUCUGGUAGAGGCAAAACUGGAGGAAAGGCCAGAGCGAAGGCAAAGUCCCGUUCAUCCCGCGCUGGCCUUCAGUUCCCCGUAGGACGUGUCCACAGGUUACUGCGCAAAGGCAACUAUGCGGAGCGUGUUGGUGCCGGAGCUCCUGUGUAUUUGGCUGCUGUGCUGGAAUAUCUAACGGCUGAGAUCCUCGAGUUGGCUGGCAACGCUGCAAGGGAUAAUAAGAAGACCAGGAUCAUCCCCCGCCACCUUCAGCUGGCUGUCCGCAACGACGAGGAACUCAACAAGCUUUUAGGUGGUGUCACCAUCGCGCAAGGAGGAGUAUUGCCUAACAUUCAGGCGGUCCUCCUACCCAAGAAGACUGAAAAACCAGCAAAGAGCAAGUAA